CUGCGCCGCGCCCUCUAGCGUCGCUUCCGAGGCCUGCGUUCCAACCGGUGCGCAGCCCGGGAGACCAAGGUGGAAACCAGCAUCCGCGCCUGGAGCGCGUCCCGAGAGAAGCUUCCCCGGCGAGAGAAGGUCGCUCUCCCUUGAUUGCCAUGGAGCGCAAAGUGGCCCGGGAGUUCCGGCACAAGGUUGACCUACUAAUUGAUAAUGAGGCAGAGAAAGAUUAUCUAUAUGAUGUACUGAGAAUGUAUCAUGAAUCCAUGAAUCUUCCAGUGUUGGUAGGAGAUCUGAAGUAUGUAAUCAAUGAACCCAGUCGCCUACCAUUAUUUGAGGCUAUCCGUCCUCUUAUCCCAUUAAAACAUCAAGUGGAAUAUGAUCAGUUGACACCCAAACGAUCUAGAAAGCUGAAAGAGGUGAGGUUGGAUCGUCUGCAUCCUGAAGGCCUUGGAAUAAGUGUGCGAGGAGGUGCAGAAUUCACAUGUGGCCUUUUUAUUUCACAGCUCAUUAAAGGUGGACAAGCAGAUAAUGUUGGACUUCAGGUUGGAGAUGAGAUUGUUCGAAUAAAUGGAUACUCAAUCUCUUCAUGUACUCAUGAAGAAGUGAUUAAUCUUCUUCGCACAAAGAAAAUAGUUUCUAUAAAAGUACGACAUGUUGGCAUGAUCCCUGUCAAAAGCUCUCCUGAUGAGCCCCUCAAGUGGCAGUUCGUUGAUCAGUUUGUAUCCAAUCCUGGGGAAGGUAAAAGCAGUGUUGCUGGACUUGCUUCAUCUGAAGGAAAUAAGCAUAAAGAAAAGAAAGUUUUCAUUAGCUUAAUUGGUACAAAAGGCAUGGGAUGCAGUAUUUCCAGUGGCCCUACACAAAAGCCAGGCAUUUUCAUAAGCAAUGUCAAACCCCAUUCUCUAUCUGCAGAAGUAGGCUUAGAAGUCGGUGAUCAGAUUGUUGAAGUAAAUGGAAUGGACUUUUCCAAUAUUGAUCACAAAGAGGCUGUGAAGGUGUUGAAAAGCAGUCAGACACUGACUAUCACUGUUGUAACAGGAGCUGGAAGAGAGCUGUUUAUGACUGAAGAGGAGCGGCAGAGGGAGGCAUACAUUCGCGAGGUGGAGCGCCAGGAACUAAUGCAUCAGAAGCGAAUUGCACUCGAGACCAAUAAAAUCCUGAAAGAGCAGCAAGAAAAAGAAAGAUUGCGGAAAAUGGAGAUUGCACAAAAAGCUGCCGAGGAAGAAGAAAGAUACCGUAAAGAAAUCGAACAGAUAAAGGCAGAGGAAGAGAAAUUUAAAAAGCAGUGGGAAGAAGAUUGGGGCCAUAAAGAACAAGCACAGGCUCCCCAAACAGUAGUUGCAGAAGUACAUCCUCCCCCUCCAGCUAAACAUCGAAAUUUAGAUGAAAUGGCACUUGACCAGCCUGUUUCUGAUGAUAUGGUUGGAAUGAAGCAAAAAGAGAGCCCACAGGGCUUCCAAAAAUAUGUAGAAGAUUUUGACCCCUACACAAUGUUUACACCUGACCAGAUUAUGGAGAAAGAUGUCCGACUGCUGCGCAUCAAGAAGGAAGGAUCAUUAGAUCUUGCAGUAGAAGGAGGCAUUGAUUCCCCAAUUGGAAAAAUAGUGGUGUCUGGUGUUUAUGAAGGUGGUGCUGCUGACAAGCAUGGCGGUGUUGUGAAAGGGGAUGAAAUAAUGGCUGUAAAUGGGAAGAUUUUGUUAGAUGUUACGCUGGAUGAAGCUCAAGCAACCCUUGCAAAAGCCUGGAAUAUGGGUGGGGAUUGGAUUGACCUGGUUAUUGCAGUGUCCCCUCCGAAGGAAUAUGAUGAUGAAAUGACAUUUUUUUAAUAAUUAUCCAUGCAUUUUGAAGAGAACAACCAAUGAACAGGUAUCAAGUCACCUUUGAUAAGUUGCAGACUUCUUCCAUUAAUGAAGUAUGAAGAAAAUGAAGAUGAGAUUAUGCAAAUGAUUCAAGGCACACCUUGUGUUUGAACUCUUGGAGUGACAUAUAAUUUCAUUUCCUUCUGUGGACUGUGAUCAAUGUUUAGUUGUAGCUGCCAACUGCUGCUGACAAUAGAAAGAAUCAACAGCUAAUGCUGAAACCAUUCUAAGUGCACUGCAUAGAAAGUUGUUUAGAAAUGGUCAUCCUGUUUUUCCUAGACAUGUCUACUCAAAAAUAUCUACAAUUAUGUCCAAUGAACAUACUAACAAGAAGGUGCAAGAGAAACAGCCAAAGUAUGACUACAACAUGCUUCUGUUGUCAUUUGGAUUCAGAUUGUAAUCUAUCAGGUUUCUGCAUUUGAAUGUCCGGCUGCAGCCCCACACAUUUUCAACAGUAUGUUAGCUUUCCUUUUCUAUUGUUUAUAGACGUAGGACCUCCUCCAGAAUCCCUUUGUGGACUGUAGGAAUUGUCACCUUAGAUUAUAAGAAAGAGUUUUUGCUGAGGCAUUUCUAGAGUAUGUGUAAACAAUUUUGCAGAUUUUGCAGGAAAAAGCAUACUGAGGAGAUCACAAGCUAAGGAAUGAGUAAAAAGUACUAAAUAGAGAAGAUAAUGGAGGAGGUAGUGCACCCCAACACUCAUUCCACAGCAAAAGAAACCAGUAUUACACAUUGAUGCAUUGCAUCUAGAUUCCCUGUGUAUGUUGGAAUUUCUCUGAAAACACUAGGAUACUGGCAGCAGUUCAGAAUUGCGAUAUGACCUUGCUGACAGUGGCUGCCAUAGUGCAGAAUGCUGCUCAUUCCUUCUAUGCAUUCAAGAGAGGUUCAACAGUUUUUGAGCUUGUACAAGAAAGUACUAGGAGAGACCUCCUUGUACAGGCUUGGAAAUUAUCCAUUCACUGGCUCAAUGGAGAGAACAACACAGAAUUCUACCCAGAGAUUUUAAUGGGGCAGGAGAAUCUUGAUAACUGCUGAACCUCUUCUCUGAACUUCCCCAAACCCUUGGGAAGAGCUACCUUCCUUGGGAAGGCUGAAGGUAGCAUAGCAGCAGCUUUUACCAAAUUCUAAUAGUAACAUAUUACAUGCCCUUUGAAAUGUUGCAGUGAAACAGUUAGAUGUGGCAAGUUUUAUAUUAUCAAAUGUGGCAUUGCCUUGGUUUGAAAUUUGGCAGAAUUGUAGCUUUCAAGUGCAGUGCUCAUGCCACCAUAGCUUUUUAUCUAUAUGCUACAAACACAUCCGAUUUCAGCUGUGGAUAUUGUUUUGCCUUUCGUGUAAAUUUUCUAAUUCACUAAUGCUUAAAGCAAAAAGCAGGGGGUGGGGACUUUCACAGAAAACAUUUAUAUGAAUAACGCAAAGCCUACCGCUUUUUUGAAUGGCUGUCUUGAAUCUUGAUAGACACCACACAUACAUAUUCCUCGUUUCUCUGUGUUCUCUGUUGUUUAUGCAUUGUUGUUCCGGUGUGCCAAGCUAUUCAGAUACACAGCUGAUUUUUCUUAAUUACUGUUUCUCACAAUGAAGUAUUUUGAAAAUAAAAUGGGUAUUGCCAAACAGAUGAA